AUGGAAAAACAAGAGGAAAAUUGUAAGAUUGAUAUAGAAGAAGAAGAAAAAAUGGACAAAGAAGAUAUGUAUUCAUGUAGGAGGAGGAUCAGCAGGGUAAUGAUUACACUAAUCAUUGGGCUCCUUGCUACCUGCUAUUACAUAUUUGUGGUGGAGCUGUGCAUAUUUACUGUUCCAUCACAAGAGCUAAAGGCAACCUUCCUGGUGAUUUUCCACAUUUUGUUCCUCCUGUGCAUGUGGAGUUAUCUUCGGGUUGUUAUAACGCCUCCUGCCGUCCCUCCUGAAACAUUCCGCCUAUCGGAGUCUGACAAGCAGCUGUAUCUGAGUGAGGAGAGGCCAGAAGUGCAGGAGCAAAUCCUCAGCCGUGCGGCCAAAAACUUGCCUUUAUAUUAUAAUGUAGAUUCAAAAACACCAAUUAAGUACUGUAGAAAAUGCCAAUUCAUAAAGCCAGACAGGUGCCAUCAUUGUACAGUGUGUGACAUCUGUAUACUGAAACUGGAUCAUCAUUGCGUAUUUCUAAACAACUGCGUGGGAUUUUCCAACUACAAGUUCUUCCUCCUGUUCCUGCUCUAUGUACCCCUAUUGCUUAUAUUCACUAGUGCAGUGUCCCUUUAUUGCUCCAUACUGUUCUGGACUGAUCAACUGCCAAACAUGGAUUCCAAAGGCUCAGCCAUUGCGCUGUUCUGCAUGAGUACAUUCUCCUGUAUAAUCUUUUGUUAUCGGUAUAUUUAUGACCAUUACUCACUGGUUGUAACGAAUGAAACUCUUUUAGAGUUUAAUGAAGGCUUACAUUGUGAGUAUAAUCCCUAUGACUUGGGCUACAGAAAGAACUGGAGACAAGUGUUUGGCAAUAAAAAGAGAUAUUGGUUCAUCCCAAUCUUCAGCAGUUUAGGAGAUGGCUCCUCAUUCCCACUGGGUGAUGCCACAGAGGACAUAGAGAAAAAUGGGACUAUUGACUGCCAAACCCCUAAAUGA